GUCACGUGGAAUAACUGGGAGUUUAUCCAAAUCAAAAGAAAAUAAUACUAUUAGGUACUACUGUUACAGUAUACCACCAUAAUUCAUUUUUCAGUUAUUAAAUGUGUUAAAAACUAUUAAAAGAUUUAUAAAUGUAAACAAAAGUUUUCAAAUAUAGUAUCCUAAUGAGUUUUGAUAACAUGAGUAUCACUGAAAUAUUUCUUGAAAGUGCUGCAGAUGCAAAAGUAUUAUUUACUGUUGCAACAAUAAUGGGAUAUUGUUUAUAUAGAAUAAUGACAAUAACAAAUAGGAGAAAAUUAGAAACUUUAGAGGACUCUAAUGAAUCUUCAAACAGUAUAGUAUAUACAGAUGAAUAUGAUAAUUACAAGCUUAUUUUAGUCAUUAGAACUGAUUUAAAAAUGGGAAAAGGAAAAGUUGCAGCACAAUGUGCUCAUGCUGCUGUUGCAGCAUAUAAGGCAGCUAUUAAAAAUCCUAAAAUUUUACAAGCCUGGGAAGAAUGUGGUCAAGCCAAGAUUACUGUUAAAGUGGAUAGUGAAGAUGCUUUAAAAGAGGUGGCAAAGCAAGCCAGAGCUGUAGGACUUUUAGCAAAUAUGAUACAAGAUGCUGGGCAUACACAGGUAGCACCAGGAAGCAGAACAGUAUGUGCAGUUGGUCCAGGUCCAGCAUCACUAAUUGAUCAAGUAACUGGACAUUUAAAAUUGUUUUAAUAAUUUACUGAAUAA